CACGCAGACCGGCGCGCGCGCAUUGCCUCCGCUGUAGCACCUGAGCAGUCGCGCGGUCAUCGACAGAGAGAUUUGAAACUAAACUCUCUGUUGCCGCCGUUUCAAACGCCGCCGAGGCGCGUGCGCUGAGCUCUAGGCACCGAGCCUGCCUCGCUGCCGGCAGCAGCGCUGCGAGACGCGGCGGCGCGCACCGCGAAUCAGAAACAAUGGGCCGCCGCCGCCGCGACCGCUCGCGCAGCAGAAGUAGAGACCGCUCUAGAAGAGAUCGCUCGAGACGCGACCGGAGCCGGAGCCGCGACCGCAAAAGGAGACGACGAGACAGCCCGACUGCCCAAGAUGCGUCGACGGGCUGGGUCUCGCGCCAGUACGACACGAUGAAAGAUAGUGAAAAUCCCUUCGCGAAGGCCCAACGAGAGGAGAAGGAAGCUAAACAAAGAUUAGAAUCACGCAAACGAAGGAAGUCCCCCUCGCCUCCGCAAGACGAUUCGACAGCCGAUAAGGCGAAGGCCGUGGCCGAGAUGAUCUCGGCGCGCUUGAAGGCGAACGCGCCGAAGACCGCCGAGGAGUUGGAAGCCGAGAGAGCCCUCGAACGCGAAGCGGAGGCGCGUCGCGUCGAGGAGGAGGCUAGGGCGCGCAAGGAACGUAUCGAGUCCGGUCGCAAGAAGGUUAUUGAGGAGGUCGUGGAAGAGAAGAAGGCGUCCUGGACGUUGGGGGAGAACGCGGAAGGCGCCGAUGCCGAAGGCGUCGACGACGACGACGACGACAUCCUCAACGAGUUCACGGACGUGUCCCAAUCAACGGUCGUCGAAGAGACCACGGCCUCGAUCAAGGAGUCCGCCGCGUUACUGAAGCAGAAACGGUUCCAGAACAAGUCUUCCGCUGUGAAGGACUUCCUGCCUGCCACCACUACCAGUGAUGAUCCAUUGGAAGGUUUUCUGGCAUCGUUCACCACAGAAGGCACGGAAAGCCCGAUGCCUUCCGAGAUUGACUUGCAGCGAGCUAGGAGUGACCCACUAGCGUCGGCGUUCGACGCGCCGCAGCGACGGUCGAACGCCAUCACGUUGGAUGAGAUCCUGGCCGGCGAGUCGGGGCGCGGUGGCGGCUGGGAGAGUGAUAGUGUUGUCUCUGCUUCAGAGGAGCCUCCUGUCAUUUACGACGAGGAUGAAAGUGAUGAAGAGGACCUCACGACGCGGGAGCGCGUACAACAGGUCCAGCAGGACGCCCUGGAAGUGCAACAGCAAGAACAGGCUCGCAAGAAGGAUUUAGGAAGGUGUUUUAACGACGAGGGCGACGUCAUGGAGGAAAAAGAGAGAAAAAAGGCCGAGAAAAGUGCCUUGGAAGUUUUUGCGGAGCAGUUGCGGCGGAAGGAAUUGAAAACUAUAGACCACGCGUCGCAGGACUACCUCAAAAUACGGAAGAAUUUUUAUGUGGUGCCCCGACACCUCGCAAAGCUAUCCUCUGAUGAGAUUGCUGAAAGGCGAGAAGCUGAUGAAACCAAGGUGCGGGGCAAGGGCUGUCCGCCGCCCGUGACGACGUGGGGCGAGUGCGGCCUGCCGGAUCGCGUCCACACCAAAGUGUUGGAAGCGUUUGGGGACGAUAGUGAACCCUUUCCUAUCCAGAAGCAGGCUCUGCCGGCGCUGAUGUCGGGUCGCGACGUUAUUGGCAUUGCAAAAACGGGCUCUGGGAAGACGCUAGCUUUUGCGCUGCCAUUGCUGCGACAUGUCUCGGACCAACCACCUGUGAUAGAUGGGUCCGAGGGCCCUGUAGCUUUGAUAUUAGCCCCAGCUAGAGAGCUAGCUCUGCAAAUAUACCGGGAAACAAAACGCUUCGCUUCUGUAUUAGGUUUAAGGUGUACGGCCGUCUACGGCGGCGCGCAAGUAGCCCAGCAAAUCGCGGACCUCAAGAGAGGUGCGGAAGUUGUUGUGGCGACACCGGGCCGCUUGAUCGACAUCUUAACCAUGCAGCAGGGCCGCUUGAUCGCGUUGUCGCGCGUGUCGUUCGUCGUCCUCGACGAGGCCGACCGCAUGUUCGACAUGGGGUGCGAGACCUGUGUGGAAACUUCAAGUGGUCUCUACGCGGUCGCGUGGAUCUCUCGGAGGUCGUGUCCGAGUUUCGCGAGACGCGAAUAACUCCCAGAGUUAACGUGGUCGCCGCGACGGCGUCGGGGCGACGCGGCAUCGCCUCGACGCCAUCGACGCGGCCGCAUGAUUACCUCACUCACGGGUCGAUGUCCACGCAGGUUCGAGCCCCAAAUCGCGAUGGUGUUAAGGAACGUGCGGCCCGAUCGACAGACGGCGCUGUUCUCGGCGACGUUUCCGAGGGCCGUGGAGCAAUUGGCGAGGAAAGCCUUGCAGCAUCCCCUGGAGAUUGUUUGUGGUGGGAAGAGUGUAGCCUCGGACACCGUCGACCAGUAUGUGGAGGUGCGGCCGGAGCAGACCAAAUUCAUGCGUCUUCUCCAGCUCCUGGGCGUCUGGUUCGAGCGAGGCUCUACCUUAGUGUUUGUGGAUACGCAACUCAAGUGCGAUUCUAUAUAUGAGCAAUUGGUGAAGGCGGGCUAUCCCUCGCUCUCCUUACAUGGCGGGAAGGAACAAGAUGAUAGGGCUUCCACCAUCAAGGAUUUCCAGGACGGUGUCGCUACGGUCUUAGUAGCGACGUCUGUGGCUGGCCGAGGCUUAGAUGUCCCCGCAAUAUCAUGUGUGGUGAACUACUCGUGCCCCAACCACUUGGAAGACUACGUCCAUCGCGUCGGUAGGACAGGUAGGGCAGGUAGGAAAGGCACGGCGUAUACGUUCCUCGACCCACAGACGGAGGACGCGUACGCUCCUAUUCUCAAAAAAGCCCUCACCCAAGCGAAGCGCCAAGUCCCGCCCGAAUUAGAUCAACUAGCGAAGAAGUUCGUCGACAAGACGAAGACCGGUGAAAAAAAAUGGGCGCCCUCCGGCUUCGCGGGCCGCGGUUUUAAAUUUGAUGAGGAUGAACUUGAUGAUGAGAAACAGCGCGCCAAGGCGCAGCGCAAGCUCAUGGAGUCGGAGAUGGGUUUGGUGGUUGCGGAGUCUCAUCUAGAUGACGACGAGGGGCCCGAGAAGGAAGCGCCUGCGCCGGCGCCCGCUAAGGAGCCGGACGUGCCGGCCCUAGCGCCGGACCAACUUGCUACUUCGUUAGCGGCGUCUGCGGGUGCCGCUUUGCCGAACGCCGUCACACGAGCACCGCAAGCCGCUCAGGCUGCUGUUGCUGGUGUGGUUCCUCAGCUCGCCGCCAACGUGUCCGAUCUGUCUCACUUGAGUCCUGUGGAACGCGCGAAAGCAUUAGCAGCGAGGUUUGGACGGGUACCUAUCGUGGCGGCGCGGCAGGCCGCCCCGGCGGCGUCGCCGCACGACGCUGCUUUAGCUCGCGCUCGAGCCUUAGCUGCGGGUAUGACUGGCGCCCCUGCAUCAACAGCUCCUGUAUUAACACCCGCCCAGAUCAGUGGAGAGACGGCGUAUGACGAACUGGACAUCAACGACUACCCGGGCGAGGCGCGAUUGCGCGCGACCAAUAGAGAUGUAUUACUGCGCGUCCAGGAGGAGACGGGUGCGGCUCUUAUUAACAGAGGCGUCUUCGUCGCGCCGGGCACGCAACCACCACCGGGCCAGCGACGGCUCUACUUAGCGAUAGAAGGCCAGGACGCGCGCGCCGUCGCCCUGGCCAAAGCCGAGAUGAAGCGCGUGCUCAACGAGGAGACGCUCAACCUCGCGGCGGGCGGGUCGCGGUCGCAGUCGGCGAUGGCGAACUACGGGAAGUACUCACUGGUCUAAUUCUUGUUUUAGGUUUUA